CCUCUGUGGCUCCCAUUAUCGCCUUCUCUCCUUUCUCAGUUCCCGACCCAAUCACUUUAAAAACUCCCCCAAACAACAGGUUGUUGCUUCUCCUCCAGUUCUUCAUCAUUAAUUGAGACCUUUCGGCUAUGGCGGAAACGGAGGCCUCUUCCGAUUCGGCUGCCGGAAUGACGCUCGACGCCGUCAGAGACGCCUUGGUCAGACAAGAAGACACCAUUAUUUUCUAUCUCAUUGAGAGAGCCAAGUUUCCCAUUAAUUCUCCUACUUACGAUGAAUCUCGGGCCUCCAUUCUCGGAUUCGGUGGUUCUCUGGUUCAAUUCAUUGUUAAGGAAACUGAAGCCGCGCAGGCGAAGGCUGGUAGGUUUCAAAAUCCUGAAGAACAUCCCUUCUUCCCGGAUGUUACGCCACCUUCAUUAGUGCCACCAUAUGACUAUCCACUGGUAUUGCAUCGUGCGGCGGAUUUCAUCAAUGUGAACGAUCAAAUAUGGGAUAUGUAUUUCAAAGAAUUGCUUCCUUUGUUGACCGAACCAGGUGAUGAUGGAAAUUAUGCAUCAACUGCCUCUAGUGACCUCAAUUGCUUACAGGCCAUCUCUAGAAGGAUUCACUAUGGAAACUUUGUAGCUGAGGUGAAAUUCAGGGAUGCCCCACAAGACUACGAGCCUGCAAUUCGUGCUCAGGACAGAGAUGCUCUGAUGAAGUUGUUGACAUUUGAGGCUGUAGAAGAGAUGGUGAAGAAGAGGGUCGAGAAGAAGGCGAAGAUAUUUUCGCAGGAAGUAACCCUUAACAGCACUGAGAGCAAGGGAAAGUACAAGAUUAAUCCAUCCAUGGUUUCGCGCCUCUACGGUGAAUGGAUAAUGCCUCUCACCAAACAUGUUGAAGUUGAGUACCUCCUACGUCGGCUGGAUUGAAAAUUGGAAUCAAAAUUGAACUCUACUUUUAUUGACUAUUGAUUUCGGAUGCUAGAAGCAAAUUGUUUUUCUUAGAUAUCUUUAGCAUUCCUUUCUCCACAAUCUAGAAGCCAGGUUUCCAUGUAAGGUCCGCCAAUUUGGAUCUUUAUUUAUUUAAGUUAGAGGCAUCUAUUUACCAUCGUGGUCAAAACAACACAAAACAUAAAUGAAAAAGAACAUUAUUAUAAUUGCAAAAAAGAAAAAAGAAAAGCUGAGACAGUUUUUCAAUUGGAUAGAGAUCAAUGGACACUAAAAUGACAAUGGAAAUUAUAUUCACACCCCACUCUUUUAUUAACACACCUCAUUUCUAAAAAAAAAAAUAUUUCUUUAUUACAAUUGUACCCUUCACCCAAAUGGGUUUAAUGUAGUUUCACCUCAGUACACCCACAACAAUAAUUUGUUUUGUGUAAAAUCAAAUCAUUAAUACUAUCCCAAAACAAAAAAGUUCCAUUGACACCAUAAAACGUUGUGUUAAAAAAAAAAUCAUUGUGCGUCGUCUCCUUUUCGUUGAGUUUUCUGUGUUUCUGCAAAUAAAUUCGUUUUUGCGGAACUAAUAUUAUCUGCAACACAAAGAUACAUAAAGAGAAAGAAUGUGAGAAAGAGUAACAGAAAUCAAAAAUUAAGAAAAAACAAGCACGGGUGCUUCAAAAUUGAGGGACAAAUUUGCUUGUUUGAGGAAGUAGAGAG